CUUGGUCCUUCAUCGAUCACACGCUAGAUAGCCUUCGUUCUUCGGCUCCGGUGAAGUCAUGGCACAGCUGCACCAUGUCGCCGCUGUCCUCCUCCUCCUGGCCCUGUCCAUCGCCGCGCUCACCGCGCCUGCCGCGGCGUUCACGGCCACGAAGGGAGGCAUGGCCGGCGACCUGGGCGCGGUCGUGAUGCGGCGGGGCGGGCGGACUUGUCGUGGCACGGUGGCCGAGUGCAUGGAGUACUCCGACGUCGACGCGGAGGGCGAGGGCGACGUGGCGGCCAUGAUUACCGGCAAGCGUCGGGUGCUGCAGGGCGUGUCCGGGUACAUCUGCUACGACGCGCUGCGGCGGAACAGCGUGCCGUGCUCGCAGCGCGGGGCCUCCUACUACAACUGCCAGCCCGGCGCCGAGGCCAACCCCUACUCCCGCGGCUGCAGCCAGAUCACCCAGUGCAGGGACUAG